AUGUCAUCAUCUAUUGCAGAAAAACCUUCAAUACCAUUAUCACUUGAUCAAGAAAGCUCAUCAAUGAAGCACCAUAGAGCAGGCUUAUUCUUUUUCCUCGGAGGAUUGGUCUUGUUCUUAGUUUUGCUGAUUAUUAUUGUUGCCUUGCGCAAGUUUAUCAGACCGACACAGCUCGGAAAGUGUGUAAAACGCGAAGACAGCUGUAAAGCUGCAAAAGAUUAUUUUAAUGGGAAACUUCAAACAAUAAGCUAUUUUAGCUUUCGAACAUUAAAGGAAGCUUCUAGGAACUUCCAUGAGGGUAAUCUUCUCGGGAGAGGUGGAUUUGGGCCGGUCUAUCUAGGUAAAUUACAAGAUGGGAGGCUGGUUGCUAUAAAGAAACUGUCUCUUGAUAAAUCACAACAAGGAGAGUCGGAGUUUCUUGCAGAGGUGAGGAUGAUCACAAGCAUACAACACAAGAACCUUGUCCGCCUUCUUGGUUGCUGCUCUGAGGGACCUCAAAGGGUACUUGUAUAUGAAUACAUGAAGAACAGGAGUUUGGACCUCAUUAUAUAUGGCCAAAGCAAACAGUAUCUGAGUUGGAAUGCUCGGUUCCAAAUUAUUUUGGGCAUUGCUCGGGGUUUGCACUACUUACAUGAAGAGUCCCACUUCAGAAUUGUUCACAGAGAUAUCAAAGCCAGCAACAUUCUCCUAGAUGCCAAUUUUCAGCCAAGAAUUGGAGAUUUUGGCCUGGCCAAGUUCUUCCCCGAGGACCAAGCUUAUCUCAGCACCACAUUCGCUGGAACAUUAGGUUAUACAGCCCCUGAAUAUGCCAUCAGAGGGGAGUUAUCUGAAAAGGCUGACAUUUACAGUUUUGGAGUUCUGGUUCUUGAGAUCAUUAGCUGCAGGAGAAACACCGAUCUUUCACUACCAUCAGAAAUGCAGUACCUCCCGGAAUAUGCAUGGAAGCUAUAUGAGAGGUCACAAAUGGUUGAUCUCAUUGAUCCAAGAAUGCAAAAGGAUGGUUUUGUAGUGAAGGAUGUUAUGAAAACAGUUCAUAUGGCUUUAUUAUGCCUUCAGCCUCAUCCAAACAUAAGGCCAGCCAUGUCGGAGGUCGUCGCAAUGCUGACUUGGAAGGUCGAAAUGGUAAAAUCCCCAUUAAAACCGACCUUCUUGGACCGUAGACAAAGAACCAAGGACGAUGAAGUUUCUUGGGAAACCAUCUCAGCUGAUUUUCCUUCUCCUCUCGAAACCGAAUCGCCUUCGUUAACUCAACCUCCGAACUCCCGAGAUUUUGAUGCCAGUGAAAGCUUUUCCAUGAAAAAAGCUGAACCGGUUUGAAAAAACUUUUGUCAUCUGUUUAUUGAAAUGUAUUUCAAAUUCAAGAUCUUUAAAUUGAAGUAUUUUUUUUAAUUUUUAUUUAAAAAAGAGGUAAUUUUAUUCAUGGUAAUGGUAUAAGCUUGUAAAGGAGUAGCAGAGUUU